UUUACACCGAGCACGACACGUGAAGGCAUCAUUUAGCCAACGUGCGUUUGUGUUCCUCCGCCCCGACUGUCAGUGACAGCUAGCUAUCAGCAGAACAACAGACGGGACUCAGGACGAGGCUGCCGACAACCAACAUGAAGGACAACAGCUUGCCACGUAUUGUUGUUAUUAUCCUGUGUACGGUGGUUUUUAUUGCCGUUUUAAUCCUUAACGCUUUGGCUGGAUCGGGCAGAGGUCCUUUCAAAUCUACUACAGGUAAUGUGUCAAGCCGCUAUGAGACAGACAUCACUCCAGCUGGCUGGACCUUCUCUAUCUGGGGUGUUAUCUACACCUGGCUCACCCUGAUGGUGAUGUACAUCACUACAUAUGUAUUCAGAGGAUCCUGGGCUCAGUCUCUGUUGCCAUACUCCUUCUAUUUUUGCUGGCUGUCCAACAUGGUGAUGAACAUGAUAUGGCUGCUGCUGUGGGAUAGAGAGUUGAUGCUAGCGGCUCUGGUUGUAUUAAUCCUGAUGACAAUUUCCAACCUCACAGCUAUGUUCUUCUGCUGCUUUGCCACAGAUUACUAUGGACUCUGGUUACAGACGUUCCAUCGCAAAGACCUGUACUGUCUAAGAAUACUGGUCCAGAAUGGUCUGGCUCUCUACACCACAUGGAUUUCCAUUGCUUCUCUGAUCAAUUUUUCAUUGGUUCUCCACCUGUGGGGUGUGGCCAAGACCACAGCAGCAACAGCUUCUCUCUGCAUCCUGUUUGCAGAGGUGGUGGGAUGGUUCCUCCUUGAGAACUGGGUGCUGGACCGUUGGGUGCGUAACAUCCUGACCGUGUACCCCGUGGUGAUCGUUGCUCUGGUCGGAAACGUCUUCAAACAUUUUAACCUAGAUGAUCCCACUCCAAAUUCUGUGUUCAUGGUCGUACUGCUGGUGUUAGCAUGUAUCCUGCUGGUUUCCCGACUCUGCACCGUCAUCUGGAGAAAUAGUUGGCGGCCUCUCCACUCCCCAGGCUCAGCACGGCUGAUGGUAUCACCCCUUGAUGGCAGAAAAUUCAUGAUUUUUAAUUAAACAACAGGAACCUUUUUAAGUACUUCCUGUCCCACUGCAGCCUUUAAACUGUCAGGCUAAUCACAUUUUCAAGUGUUAAUGUAACAGGAAGACAGGAAAACCUUUUUUCCACUCCUCCUAUGUCUCUCAACUGCAAUCAAGGCAACGGGACACUUUCUUUGAAUCACUAAUUACCUACUUCGGCUGUUAACCAUUACUUACCGUUAAUAUUGUCUGUAUGUUAUGUGCUUUAAAAACAAAUUCCAUUAUGUUUUAUAAUGAUUUAAAGGCAGUUUUGUUGUUGCACUAAUGGCUUUUUUAUUGUGUGUAUCCAUUCAAUGACAGUAGACUAUAUACUUUCAAAUUACAGCAUGUUGACCUUUAUACAAUAUAAGUUCAAUAGAAUACUAAAGAGCUUUUUUGAAUGAAUUCUGAUUAAAGCAUUUUUUUCAU